AGCCCCGGGUCUUAUGUCCACACUGUGUCUUUGCCGGGGCAGCUCUGGUGGCAGCCAGCUGGGUGUCCUCGUGUCCCAACGGCAUUCCAAGCUGCUCCCGCUGUGACUGCAUGGAGGUGACCUGGCGUGGGAGGACGAGGAGACACCUGCUUUUCCAAGAUGCCCUUGCUCUUGCCAAGCGCAGGUGUGGCACCAGCUUCUGGCUGCAGCACAGGGCGCGUCUCAGCGAGCUCCGGGUGCUGCGCAGCGAGAAGGCGGCGUGCGGGUGUGCAGAGGAAGAGACACCGCUGGGCCUGGGCUGCUGCUGGACCCUCAUCCUCGCCUGGCCCAGCAGCUUCCGCGUGGUCACUUUUGUGCAACCCCAGUGACAGUGACAGUACGGAGGCGGGACCGAGCACUAGAGGCACAUGGAGCCCCCCCAAGCAGCAGCUGGUGCCUUACGAGGAGGAAGAAGAAAAGGAGAUGAGGGGGGACAGUGACCCCUGGAUGGGCCCUACUGGGCCCUACUGGGAGGCACUGGACUGGGAAGGGGGGGCUCCCCUGAGCCCCUCUCCGGAGCGGGAGGGGCUGCUGGGGCUCAGCCCCUCCUUGCUGGCCUCGCCACCCCCCCCGGGGCCCCCUGAUGAAGUGCUACGAGAUCUCUUCGCAGACGUCUAUCUCGGCCCGCAGGGGACACAACUGUCCCCGCAGGUCCCAGCAGUGGCAUCGCAGGAGGCAGCGGCCAGUGGCAGGCCGGUGACCCCCAGGGUGGCUGUGGAGAUGGGGAGGUCACCGCGCACACAAGAACAGGGUGCCUCCCCCCGCCCCAAGAAGAGGUGUAUAAAUGGCUUCAUCAUGUUCUGCCGUAUCAACCGGAGAAACUACAUGAGCCAGUGGGCCCAGCGGUUCAACCAUCUGAACAACCGGGUGACACAGUUGGAUGGGGAUGGGGAGGAUGAUGACAUCAACCCCCCCACGCCCCUCCAGCUGCCACUGGCUGCCUGCCCUGGCACGCCUGGGGGGAGCCCUCUGCCACCUUGAUGUCCCUUCCUGUCCCCAUCCUGUCCCUGUCCCCACCCCUGUUCUUGUCCCCAUAUCCCUGUCCCUGUUCUUGUCUCCAUAUCCCUGUCCCCACCCCUGUUCUUGUCCCCAUUCCUUCUCUGUCCUGGUCCCUGUCCCCACCCCUGUCCCCAUCGCUGUCCUUGUCCCCGUUCCCGGGGGUUUUAACCACAAACUAUUUAUUCCCGGGGGGGGCUGGUCCUGCCCUGCAGGGGACGAGGACACUUGUGGACACCUAUGGCCCCCCCAGGGCAGUGGCUGUCCCAGAUGGGUGCUUGCCGAGUUGAACAAUAAAAUCCUUUCUGUGUCUCUGACCCUUGUCCUUCCAUGUGUUUCGUGUGUGUCCCAAGUGUCCCCCCCCCAUGUCCCUGGUGUCCCCAACAAGGCUGACAGCUUCAUAGGAGCCUUUUAUUGGGGGCGGGGGUGUCUGGACCCCCCUCAAUUCUUCUUGGGCCUGAAGACCUGAGCCAACACCCACAGAGAGUAGCAGGUGCCUGCUGGGAUUGGGGGGCUCAGGGACACCCUGCCCCCUGGGACCCCUCCCUGACCCCCACCCCAAGGGACGCAGGUGUCCAGGAGGGACCCAGGCACCCAGGGGGGUCUGAUGGCGGUGGGUGCAGCCCGGCUGGUGGUGGGGAGGGGACGU